UGUGAGUGUUUGCAAGUGUACGUGUGUGUGCGAAAAGGACUUGCAGGGGAGUGGAGAGUGGAGCAACUCCAGCUCUCUUUAAAACAACUUCUCAGCACGGAAUCCGUCCUGGAGUUUGGCACUGGAGUCCCCGACCAUCUUUGCUUUAUCCCGGGACGCUGACACGGAAUAGUUGCUCCCAGCGCAGCGGCACUAACCACCGGGAUUUCAGUGUUGUGAGGAUUUCUCUCGAGGUGAAGGAAAGAUCCCGGGAUCCACAAAUCUCAGUGAGAAACACUGGGGAACUUUCGGGUCCCUGAUUCUGAUGGUCUUCUGGUUAAUGUAAGCUGAUACUGGUCCUUGGGCGGUCUGACUAUGGUUUGUGAAUUGUGUGCGGGGUCUCCAGAGUGUUGGGGAGUUAAAGGCAUUGUGAGAGGACUGGCAAAAGUUGCGGCUUAAUUGAGUUGGCGACAGCAGGUCACUGAGCAGUGACUGCGUGUAGCCUACUCGCUCUUCAGACGUUUAGUGAUGUUUAACGCGACGCAUGACUGAGUAUUACUUUCUAAUGCUGCGGGGGAGCCAGGAAUCGGUGAACACCGGCUGCGCAUGUUGCGCGCACCGUGCACACACUCCAGGUCUCGUGCGGCGAGUGUAAAUCGAUGUGGCAUCUCCCGAGGAGCGGACGGGACCGACAGGACUCAUCCAAAACUGUCUAGGUUGUCGUAUGUUCAAGUCGAAACGCUCAGGUCUUGUACGGCGACUCUGGAGAAGCCGUCUGGUCACCGAGAGCGACGGGCGGGAUGGAAGCAGACGAGGUGAGGGAGGACGGAACGGUCAGUGUGGCAGACACUCAGGAAAGCUCCACAGCCACGAGCAGCGGUCGGUGACACACGCUGACCCGGCUCCGGGACUCACGGGGGAGGCUGGAGACCUGACGGAGGGCACGGAGAGGGAGGAAGACGAGCAGCCUGAAGAUGACCGGGGUGGCAUGUGCGUCCCGGAGCACAGGAGCUCUCGGCGAGGGCAAGAGAGCGACAGUAGGACUGUGACGUGUUGUUUGUUUGGGGAAUGGGAUCUCAGACCCCGGAGCCCGUAUUGGGCCCCGAGAAAAGACGGCGGUGGCCCUUGUCAGUGUGCACCGAGGCGUGCGGGUCUGGAGGAGGAACUCGCGAGCACCGCUCACGCUUUUUUGAAAAGACUUAAAGAGAGAUCUCUGGAUGCCUUGGUAAAGGCUGUGGAGACCAAAGGAGGGAUACCCGGCGAGUGCGUCAUGGUGCCGAGCAGCGAGCUGCGGCUCUGCGCUCAUCAGAUCUCCCCACAGUAUCUCCUGUGUAAGCUGUUCCGCUGGAGCGAACUGCCGCUCACAGCCCGACUGAAAGCGCUGUGCCACUGCCAGAGCUUUAGCGCAGUGGACAGUGCAAAGGUGUGCUGCAACCCAUAUCACUACAGCCGUCUGUGUGGGCCAGAAUCACCUCCUCCCCCAUACUCUCUGUCCCGUUCAGAAGUACACAAGCCACUGGACUCUACAAUGUCUUACACUGAAACUGCAUCUCCCCUCCUCUCCAGUCCGCCUCACAUCAUGCCAAGAGACUACACAGACACUGGUACCUCCAUCGGCUCCACGGCCUCUGGCGGACAUCGCUCUCACUGGUGCAGCGUCGCCUACUGGGAGCAGCGCACACGCAUGGGUCGCCUCUAUCCAGCCUACGAGCCCUCGCUCAGCAUUUUCUAUGACCUACCUCAGGGCACCGGCCUCUGCCUCGGCCAGCUCCACGCCAACGCCUACCACAGCCGCCGCGAGGACCCCGGCGGCCACAGCACAUCCGGUCUUCAUGGACGUCACAGCCAUGGAGGAAACAGCAGCGGCAGCAGCAGCAGCAGCAGCAGCAGCAGUAUACAACAGAUACGCAGUAAAAUAGGUUUCGGCAUCGUGCUGAGCCGUGAGCCGGACGGAGUGUGGGUGUACAAUCGCAGCCAGCACCCGGUGUUUGUCCACUCACCCACUCUGGACCCGCCCAGUGCUCGAGGGCUGAGGGUGAAGAGGGUGAUGCCGGGUUUCUCCCUCAAGGUGUUCGAUUACGAGUGCUCCAGCUGGAUGGCGGAGCAAGGACUGAAGCCUGAGAGCCAGGAGGGGCCCUGGGACCCCCACAGUGUUCGCAUCAGUUUUGCUAAAGGUUGGGGCCCCUGCUACUCCAGACAGUUCAUCACCUCCUGUCCCUGCUGGCUGGAGGUGCUACUCAACAACCACAGAUAGCACACAAACUCACAGACUGACAGGAGGUGUCCUGACCCAGUAUCCGAAUUGUAAUCUACCUAGAUUUAAUAUAAAAUUUAUAUAUUAUAUAAAAUAUAUUAUACAUGUAAAUACUUGAGUCAUUUUUACGAUGCAAUUAUUUAUGUAUAGUGUAAUGUGUAUAUGGACAAAAUAAAAAGGAACAAGAAUAAGCACUUUUGAUUCUAUAUAUGCAUUACAGAUUCUCAUUUUGCAAACAAAGUGUAAAAAAAAAAAAGAAAAAAAAAAGGACAACGCUGGUUUAUGUUCUCAAGAUUUAGCAAUUCCUUCAGACAGUAUGCCACACACAUUGUCAAUAAACUAUUUGUAUUAAAUGAA